CAGUUCGCAAUUUUAGCUCUCUUCGAUCCAUUUGAGGGAGAGAGAGGGGCCGAGAGGGUUUGUUUUUCGCUCUUACUGUAAUUCCAAUCUCUCAUUCGCUAGACCUUUAUGAAUCGUCGCAACUCUGCCCAGACAAUCUACGAUUUUUUGGUCGGAGUGUUUUGCUAGGGUUUUAGGGUUUUUAGUAGGAUAGAGGGAUGUACAACAGCGGGCAGGACAUGUGGAACAACAACAUGAACAACCCGGCGCCGCCGGGGACGAGCGGAGCCGGACCUAUGCCGCCAAUGAUGGCGCCGCCUGGUACUAGCGGAGCCCAACCCAUUGCGCCGCCUGGGACUAGCGGAACUCAGCCAGUUGCACCCCCGAUGCCGUCGUUGCCGCCUUCUUACACUGUCGUGCCGACCGAGUCUCAAUUGGACGAGAGAGCAAGGAAGUGGAUGCAGCUGAACACCAAGCGUUAUAGCGACAAACGAAAAUUCGGAUUUGUUGAGACGCAGAAGGAGGAUAUGCCUCCUGAACAUGUCAGGAAAAUCAUCCGGGACCAUGGUGACAUGUCGUCAAAGAAAUAUCGCCAUGAUAAGCGUGUCUAUUUGGGAGCUCUUAAGUUUGUACCACAUGCUGUAUAUAAACUUCUCGAAAAUAUGCCCAUGCCUUGGGAACAGGUCCGUGAAGUGAAGGUUCUCUACCAUAUUACUGGGGCUAUUACAUUUGUAAAUGAAAUCCCUUGGGUUGUUGAACCAAUCUAUCUGGCACAGUGGGGUACCAUGUGGAUCAUGAUGCGAAGAGAGAAGAGAGAUCGCCGACAUUUCAAGAGAAUGCGUUUCCCACCUUUUGAUGACGAAGAGCCUCCAUUAGACUAUGCUGAUAAUCUCCUUGAUGUGGAUCCUUUGGAACCAAUUCAAUUGGAGUUGGAUGAGGAAGAAGAUUCAGCUGUGCAUACCUGGUUUUAUGACCAUAAGCCUCUUGUGAAGACAAAGCUUAUAAAUGGACCUAGCUAUCGGAAAUGGCAUCUUUCACUUCCAAUCAUGGCGACGCUUCACCGGCUUGCUGGCCAGUUGCUUUCUGAUUUGAUUGAUCGUAAUUACUUCUACCUUUUUGACAUGGAGUCAUUCUUCACUGCCAAGGCUCUCAACAUGUGUAUACCAGGUGGUCCGAAGUUUGAACCUUUGUAUCGGGACAUGGAGAAAGGAGAUGAGGACUGGAAUGAGUUUAAUGACAUCAAUAAACUUAUCAUUCGCUCACCUCUCAGGACAGAAUACAGGAUUGCUUUCCCCCAUCUUUACAACAAUAGGCCGAGGAAAGUAAAGCUUAGCAUCUAUCACACUCCAAUGAUUAUGUACAUAAAAACUGAGGAUCCUGAUUUACCUGCUUUCUACUACGAUCCUCUAAUCCAUCCUAUAACAAGUACAAGUAAAGAUAGGAGAGAUAAGAAAGUAUAUGAUGAAGAAGAAGACGAUGAUUUUGCUUUGCCUGAGGGUGUAGAACCAUUACUUGUUGGCACUCCUAUAUAUACAGACACAACUGCUGCUGGUAUUUCUCUUCUGUUUGCCCCACGUCCUUUUAACAUGCGAUCUGGACGGAUGAGGCGUGCUGAGGAUAUACCUCUUGUAUCUGAGUGGUACAAGGAACACUGCCCUCCAUCUUACCCUGUCAAAGUUCGUGUCAGCUACCAGAAACUGUUGAAAUGCUUUGUGUUGAAUGAGCUGCAUCACCGCCCACCUAAGGCUCAGAAGAAGAAGCAUCUAUUCAGGUCCCUCCAAGCUACAAAGUUUUUCCAGACUACUGAACUUGAUUGGGCUGAAGCUGGUCUGCAAGUGUGCAAGCAAGGAUACAACAUGCUGAACCUGCUGAUUCAUAGGAAAAACUUGAACUACCUUCAUCUUGACUAUAACUUCAACUUGAAGCCCGUAAAGACUCUAACCACUAAGGAACGCAAAAAGUCGCGGUUUGGUAAUGCUUUCCAUCUUUGCCGUGAAAUUCUGCGUUUGACAAAGCUUGUAGUUGAUGCAAAUAUCCAGUUCCGGUUGGGGAAUGUUGAUGCAUUUCAGUUGGCUGAUGGCCUGCAAUACAUUUUUUCACAUGUUGGACAAUUGACUGGCAUGUACAGAUACAAAUAUCGGCUCAUGCGGCAGAUUCGGAUGUGUAAAGACUUGAAACAUCUGAUCUAUUAUCGAUUUAAUACUGGGCCUGUUGGGAAAGGUCCCGGUUGUGGUUUUUGGGCACCUAUGUGGAGAGUGUGGUUGUUUUUCCUUCGUGGUAUAGUUCCUCUCCUGGAAAGGUGGCUUGGAAAUCUACUUGCUAGGCAAUUUGAAGGAAGACAUUCCAAGGGAGUGGCUAAAACUGUGACUAAGCAGCGUGUUGAAAGUCACUUUGAUCUAGAGCUUCGUGCUGCUGUCAUGCACGAUGUCCUCGAUGCCAUGCCAGAGGGUAUUAAGCAAAAUAAAGCUAGGACUAUUCUACAGCAUUUGAGUGAGGCAUGGCGUUGCUGGAAAGCAAAUAUUCCUUGGAAGGUACCGGGUUUGCCAGUUCCAAUUGAGAACAUGAUAUUACGUUACGUCAAAUCAAAAGCUGAUUGGUGGACCAAUGUUGCUCAUUACAAUCGAGAACGUAUUAGAAGGGGAGCUACAGUGGACAAGACUGUUUGCCGAAAGAAUCUUGGAAGAUUAACUCGUCUUUGGUUGAAAGCUGAACAGGAACGGCAGCACAACUACUUGAAAGAUGGUCCAUAUGUCACUCCUGAAGAAGCAGUGGCCAUAUACACUACAACUGUGCAUUGGCUGGAAUCUAGAAAAUUCUCUCCAAUUCCUUUCCCCCCCUUGUCUUACAAGCAUGAUACUAAACUCCUCAUCCUUGCUCUGGAGAGAUUGAAGGAGUCGUAUAGUGUUGCUGUGAGGUUGAACCAACUACAGAGAGAAGAAUUGGGUUUGAUUGAGCAGGCUUAUGAUAACCCUCAUGAGGCUUUGUCGCGUAUUAAACGUCAUUUGCUUACACAGCGUGCCUUCAAAGAAGUGGGCAUUGAGUUCAUGGAUCUAUACAGCUAUCUAAUUCCUGUUUAUGAGAUUGAACCUCUUGAAAAGAUUACUGAUGCAUAUCUGGACCAGUAUCUCUGGUAUGAGGGUGACAAACGUCAUCUUUUCCCGAAUUGGAUUAAACCUGCCGAUUCAGAACCACCACCUCUGUUGGUAUACAAAUGGUGUCAAGGCAUAAACAAUUUACAAGGCAUAUGGGACACUAGUGAUGGGCAGUGUGUUGUGAUGCUUCAAACUAAAUUCGAGAAGUUUUUUGAAAAGAUUGAUUUAACCAUGCUAAACAGGCUUCUGCGUUUGGUUCUGGACCAUAAUAUUGCUGAUUAUGUCACUGCAAAGAACAAUGUUGUUUUGUCAUACAAGGACAUGAGCCAUACAAAUUCUUAUGGUCUUAUCCGUGGUCUUCAGUUCGCUUCAUUCGUUGUGCAGUACUAUGGGCUUGUUCUGGAUCUUCUGCUUCUUGGACUGACACGAGCCAGUGAGAUAGCUGGUCCACCUCAGAUGCCUAAUGAGUUCAUUACUUUCCAUGAUGCUAGAGUGGAAAUUCGGCACCCGAUCAGACUGUACUCUAGGUACAUCGACAAGGUGCAUAUACUGUUCCGCUUCACUCAUGAAGAAGCUCGGGAUCUUAUCCAGCGGUAUCUGACAGAGCAUCCUGAUCCCAACAAUGAAAAUAUGGUUGGGUAUAAUAAUAAGAAGUGCUGGCCAAGAGAUGCUAGAAUGAGACUCAUGAAGCAUGAUGUUAAUCUUGGUAGGAGUGUUUUCUGGGACAUGAAGAAUCGACUUCCAAGAAGUAUCACCACACUUGAAUGGGAGAACAGCUUUGUCUCUGUCUACAGCAAGGACAACCCAAACCUGCUGUUCAGCAUGUGUGGUUUUGAAGUGCGCAUACUGCCCAAGAUAAGAAUGACUCAAGAGGCUUUUAGUAACACGAGAGAUGGUGUUUGGAAUCUGCAAAAUGAGCAAACGAAAGAAAGAACCGCUGUUGCUUUCUUAAGGGUUGAUGAUGAACACAUGAAGGUGUUCGAGAACCGAGUCAGACAGAUUCUCAUGUCCUCAGGUUCAACAACAUUCACAAAGAUUGUCAACAAGUGGAAUACUGCCCUAAUAGGUCUCAUGACAUAUUUCCGUGAAGCCACUGUGCACACGCAAGAGUUGUUGGAUCUUCUGGUAAAGUGUGAAAAUAAGAUACAGACGCGUAUUAAGAUUGGGCUGAAUUCGAAGAUGCCUAGCAGGUUUCCACCUGUCAUCUUUUACACUCCAAAGGAAAUAGGAGGACUUGGAAUGCUCUCAAUGGGUCACAUCUUGAUCCCUCAGAGUGAUCUCCGAUAUAGUAAACAGACAGAUGUUGGUGUCACUCAUUUUAGGAGUGGAAUGAGUCACGAAGAGGAUCAGUUGAUUCCCAAUCUGUAUCGGUACAUACAGCCAUGGGAAAGCGAGUUCAUUGAUUCUCAGCGUGUUUGGGCUGAGUAUGCAUUGAAAAGGCAGGAAGCUCAGGCACAGAAUAGGCGAUUAACCCUGGAGGAUCUGGAAGAUUCAUGGGAUCGUGGGAUACCUCGUAUCAAUACUCUUUUUCAGAAGGACAGGCACACCCUUGCAUAUGACAAAGGGUGGCGAGUUCGAACAGAUUUCAAGCAGUACCAGGUCCUCAAGCAAAAUCCGUUUUGGUGGACACACCAGAGACACGAUGGGAAAUUAUGGAAUUUGAAUAACUACCGAACAGAUGUUAUUCAAGCUCUGGGAGGAGUAGAAGGAAUUCUUGAACACACAUUGUUUAAAGGAACCUAUUUCCCAACAUGGGAGGGUCUUUUCUGGGAGAAGGCUUCUGGUUUUGAGGAGUCCAUGAAGUACAAGAAGUUAACUAAUGCACAAAGAUCUGGUCUCAACCAAAUUCCUAACAGAAGAUUUACACUUUGGUGGUCGCCGACUAUAAACAGAGCAAACGUGUAUGUUGGUUUCCAAGUCCAGCUGGAUCUCACUGGGAUCUUUAUGCAUGGGAAGAUACCAACUCUGAAGAUAUCUCUGAUCCAAAUAUUCCGUGCACAUUUGUGGCAGAAGAUACAUGAGAGUGUAGUGAUGGAUCUUUGUCAAGUUUUGGAUCAGGAGCUGGAUGCGUUGGAAAUUGAGACUGUUCAGAAAGAAACAAUUCACCCUCGAAAGAGUUACAAAAUGAACAGCUCAUGCGCUGAUAUCCUGUUGUUUGCUGCCCAUAGAUGGCCCAUGUCAAAACCAAGUCUUGUGGCAGAGUCGAAGGAUGUUUUUGACCAGAAGGCCAGCAAUAAAUACUGGAUUGACGUGCAGCUUCGCUGGGGUGAUUAUGAUUCCCACGAUAUUGAGCGGUACACGAGAGCGAAGUUUAUGGAUUACACGACAGACAACAUGUCAAUCUAUCCAUCACCAACUGGUGUUAUGAUUGGACUUGAUCUUGCUUAUAAUCUCCAUUCCGCUUUUGGAAAUUGGUUCCCUGGUUCGAAGCCUCUGAUUGCUCAGGCAAUGAACAAGAUCAUGAAGUCUAACCCUGCGUUAUACGUUCUAAGAGAACGUAUAAGGAAAGGGUUGCAGUUGUACUCUUCAGAACCUACAGAGCCCUAUUUGUCAUCCCAGAACUAUGGGGAGAUCUUCAGCAAUCAGAUCAUCUGGUUUGUAGAUGACACAAAUGUGUAUCGUGUCACCAUCCACAAGACAUUUGAGGGAAAUCUCACAACAAAACCCAUUAAUGGUGCCAUUUUCAUUUUUAACCCUAGGACUGGCCAGCUGUUUCUGAAGGUCAUUCACACAAGUGUGUGGGCUGGACAAAAGCGUCUCGGUCAGCUUGCCAAGUGGAAAACUGCUGAAGAAGUUGCUGCUCUGGUCCGGUCAUUGCCCGUUGAAGAGCAGCCGAAACAAAUCAUUGUGACCCGCAAAGGAAUGUUGGAUCCCCUUGAAGUGCAUUUGCUUGAUUUCCCAAAUAUUGUGAUUAAAGGAAGUGAGCUACAGUUGCCAUUCCAGGCGUGCUUGAAGAUUGAGAAAUUUGGUGAUCUGAUACUGAAGGCCACAGAACCGCAGAUGGUAUUGUUCAACAUAUAUGAUGAUUGGUUAAAGACGGUCUCAUCCUACACAGCUUUCUCCAGGCUGAUAUUGAUUUUACGAGCUCUUCACGUGAACAAUGAAAAGGCAAAAAUGUUGCUCAAGCCUGAUAAGACAAUUGUCACUGAGCCCCACCAUAUCUGGCCGAGUUUAACAAAUGAACAGUGGGUCAAGGUUGAAAUAGCUCUCAGAGAUCUGAUACUUUCUGACUACGCGAAAAAGAACAAUGUGAACACAUCUGCUUUGACCAAUUCUGAGAUUCGUGAUAUUAUUCUUGGAGCUGAGAUCACACCACCCUCACAACAGCGUCAACAAAUUGCCGAGAUUGAGAAGCAGGCAAAGGAAUCUAGUCAGCUCACAGCAGUCACCACAAGGACCACAAACGUGCAUGGUGAUGAAUUAAUCGUGACCACUACCAGUCCUUUUGAACAAGCAGCAUUUGGGUCUAAAACUGACUGGCGUGUCAGAGCUAUUUCGGCUACCAAUCUCCAUCUUCGGGUCAAUCAUAUAUAUGUUAACUCAGAGGACAUUAAGGAAACUGGAUAUACUUACAUUAUGCCCAAGAAUAUCUUGAAGAAGUUCAUAUGCAUAGCAGAUCUGCGCACACAGGUUGCAGGUUACCUUUAUGGCGUUAGUCCUCCAGACAAUCCCCAAGUCAAGGAAAUCCGUUGUAUAACCAUGGUGCCACAGUGGGGUACCCACCAGCAAGUUCAUCUACCAUCAGCUCUACCCGAACAUGAUUUCUUGAAUGACUUGGAGCCAUUGGGAUGGAUGCACACUCAGCCAAAUGAGCUCCCCCAGCUGUCACCACAGGAUCUCGCUGCUCACGCUCGGGUGUUGUCAAACAACAAACAAUGGGACGGAGAGAAAUGCAUAAUACUGACUUGUAGUUUCACCCCCGGUUCGUGCUCUCUAACUGCCUACAAGUUGACCCCAUCUGGAUAUGAGUGGGGAAAGAGCAACACAGAUGCUGCAAGCAACCCUCAUGGUUACCUUCCAACAUACUACGAGAAGGUUCAGAUGCUCUUGAGUGACCGUUUCCUGGGAUUCUAUAUGAUCCCCGAUAAUGGUCCAUGGAACUACAAUUUUAUGGGUGUGAAGCACACAGCGAGCAUGAAGUACGGGGUCAAGCUUGGCACUCCCCGGGAGUUCUAUCACGAGGAUCAUCGGCCAACACAUUUCCUCGAGUUCUCCAACUUGGAGGAGGGUGACAUUGCCGAAGGUGAUAGGGAAGACACCUUCACGUGAUUCUUCUGGUAGUGGUAUUGUGCUGCUGUUGUAUCAAAUUUGCAUCUUGUUUUCUUAUAUUGUAAAUAUGUAGUGCUACAAGCUGUGUAUCUCCCGAUAAUCAAUUGGGAGAAUGUGAUGUUGAGAAACUGAUGCAUGAUUUUGUAGACAAAGAUGUUACAUGGGAACUGAAUACCAAAUGAAUUCGAAAAUUCGAGCAAAAAUUUUGAA